GUAAUGGAUACAUACAACACAUAAGGGAUGUGUAGCUAGGGGGUACAGUAAUAAUACAGCAAAAAAAUAAGAAUAUCACUGAAAGACCUUCAAACAACAUGCAAGUAUCUUCAGUCUUUUUGUUGGAGGAGAAACAGAUUGUUCUAAAAUAAAGUUCAAUUUCUUUCUCAAGGAUUAUAAAGAGGGAACCGAAACAACAUAAAACUGAUAAAGAAAUAAUAGUUGCAGAGUUGCUUUCAUUACUGAAACCCCCAAAAGAUAACAACCUAACGUUAACAUAAUAUAUAAUAGUUAUAGAUAUAUUUCUUACUAUUGGGAUAUCAACAAUACUUCCUGCUACAGCAGGGGGGCAGUGUGCGGUCUACAGGUUGGUUUGUGGUCCUUCAGGAAGCAAGAAGGAGACGAAGAAGAGGACGUAAACAGCGCUCAUGGGUGACCUGUGGCUCUCGUCUAGCACAUAGCAUGAUCGGUGGUGGUUAGCUUAAAUACUGUCCGAGAUCUGAAUGCGAUGACACAAGCAGGGGAGCUUCCGGGGGCAACAUGACGACACUGAGGAGGAUCGGUUCACGGUUAGCACUCCUGCAGAGGCCGUGCGCACGCAGCGGCCAGAGAGCAGCACCCUGCAGCCUCCCACACACGCCUCACCACGCUGCGCCAGUGAAGAGCGCGUCUGCGGUGCUGUCCAGGGCGUUUGCACUGUCUGCAUGGAGGCUAAAGAACACGGAGGACUCCAGCUGUGGUCGCCACACGGGAUUCACCGAGGAGGAGGAGGAGGGUGAAGAUUUCAUUCAUGACAGCGAGGUGGAGGAGCUGUUUCUGCAGCAGGUCCCUGCAGGCAUCGGAGAGGGCCAGCACAGGGUGUUCAUCGUUCACCCCGAUGUGAAGUGGGGAAGCAGGAAGCAGCAUCUCACCACAGCCGAGCUGAUGAUGGCCGAGGCCGUGGGGCUGGUGAACACUUUAGACAACUGGAAAGUGGUGGACAAGAUCAUCCUCUCCACAAAGACACCAGAGAAGAAGAGGAUAUUUGGCAAAGGCAACUUCCAGACUCUUGCAGAGAAAAUCAGGCAAACUGCAGGAAUCACUGCUGUGUUUGUGAAUGUUGAACGUCUGUCUCCUUUGUCUGAGAGGGAGCUGGAGGAAGCCUGGGGCGUUAAAGUCUUUGACAGAUACUCAGUGGUCCUCCACAUCUUCCGCUGCAACGCCAGGACUAAAGAAGCCAAGUUACAGAUCUCUCUGGCUGAGAUCCCCUUGUUAAGAUCUCGUCUGAAAAAUGAAAUCGCUAACUUGGACCAGCAGGGUGGAGGAUCGAGAUACAUCGGAGGCUCAGGCGAGACGCUGGUGGAGGUCCAGCAGAGACUGCUGAAGGAGCGGGAGAUGAAGAUUCGCUCAGCGUUGGAAAAACUGCGGAAAAAGAGGCACCUACUGCGAGCGCAGCGUAAACACAAGGAGUUCCCCAUCGUCUCUGUGCUAGGAUAUACAAACUGUGGAAAAACGACCCUGAUCAAAGCGCUUACUGGUGACAGUGGUCUUCAACCCAGAAACCAGCUUUUCGCCACACUGGACGUCACCGUCCACGCCGGCCGGUUGCCCAGCCACAUGACUGUUCUGUACGUGGACACCAUCGGCUUUCUGUCCCAGCUGCCCCACCAACUCAUUGACUCCUUCUCUGCCACCCUGGAAGAUAUUAAACACUCAGAUCUGCUGGUUCACGUCAGAGACGUCAGUCAUCCCGAGACAGUGAAUCAGAAGGUGAACGUACUGAAAGUCCUCAAGAACCUGCAAAUCCCUGACAGGCUGAUGAGCUCCAUGAUAGAAGUCCACAAUAAAAUUGACCUUAUUGACAACUAUCAGUUUACAGAGCCCAACGCACUGCCCAUAUCUGCCUUGGAGGAGCGAGGCCUCGAUGAGCUGAAGAAAGCAGUGGAAGAAGAGAUUGUUAACUCUACAGGAAAGCACAUUUUAGACCUCAAAGUUGACCUCAGCACUUCCCAGUUAAGUUGGCUGUACAAGGAGGCCACCGUUCAGGACGUGCAGGUGGAUGCAGAUGAAGGCUCGGCCGUUGUCAAGGUCAUCAUCAGCGCCGCCGCUUACGGACGCUACAAGAAACUGUUCGCAGGGAGAGAGCAGCAGCUGUAGUGGGGAGGAGGAUGAUGCAGAUUCAAAUAACUCACGGGUCCAUGCAGACGGCAAACUGUACUACAAACAGUGUAUUUAUUGUACAGUAUAAUAUAUUGAACACACAUAAGAAUGAUGUACGUUCUUGUAAACAUAUAUAAAGUGUAGAUUCAAAAGUACAGAAACAUUUCUUUUAGUUAUAAAUUGACGUAUGGACAAGAAAAAAUGAGGUAUACAGUGGCUAUUCUGGGAUCAGUUCCUGUGGAAUAAAAUCACAGCUAAGUGGA